UCGGGAAAGUGAGUGAACAUGUGUACGUGUGCGCGCUCGUGAGUGCUCAUGCGUGUCUAUAUACCUUCUCGAAGAGCGGCCACUUCACGAUGCACGAGCGACGCGAACACGUAGCGUUCUAUUCGCGGCACAAUUUUCGAGGAUCGAUAUAUCGAGCGGCAUGUCCCGUUGGUCGACGACAAUGUCUUCAAAUAGCACGGUAGUUAACGUCUCUGAGAGUCACCCUUAAGGAGGGUGGCGAGAGCGAGAGGAGAGAUUGCAGGACCCAUUCCUUUCCUUUCCACCUCGAUUCUUCUGCUUUCUCUUCUUCUCGUCAACGGUGACGUGCUUCCUCUCCACUCUUCUCUUCUUCUUUCUGCCCGUGUUUUCAUCGUAAUUUCGAUUGGUCUUUCAAUUUUUCAUUGGGUUCGUUUUGUCGAUUAUCAGAUCUUUGAUUUUUGAUGAUCGCGUAGCAAUUGUUUUGGAGAGUUUGAAGUAUCAAUUAUGGAAAUCUGUCUUUUCCUAAUUAUUUUGAGAUUAAAAAUGCAUGUAUGCAUCAAGCAAAAUUCACGAUCUUGGCCUUUGAACGUUUAUAUGCGUUCAACGAAGUCUGUAAUUACUUUCUUAUUUUAAAGAAAAUAUGUGUCGUAGUUAAAUCUUCUUUGCAAUUCGAAGAUUGAGUAUUUCAAUGCUUUUAUAAUAUUUCUAAUAUAUUUGGCGCGUUUUGUUGAUAUUUUGUAUAUGAAAUUUCAAAAUAUCAAAUAAAAAUUAUUUUUCGCUAAUUACAUUAAACGUCUUCUUCCUGAUCCUUCUUCUUUUUAGAGAUCUUAUCAGAAAACGUAAGAAAACGAAAGGUGGUUUUGGCUUGUACACGUUCUUAGGUUGCAACCACAUCAAAGAAAGCUGUGCCUUGAUAUUCUGUUCUUCACCACUCGUUACGCGCUUCUCCGUGGAGUAUUCUAAACCUAGCGAAUAGACACGUUUUCAUCGUGCGGAAUGAAUUCUGCUAAUGAAUCUCCGGCAAUGAAAAACAAUUUAACUGUUCCACUGACACCUCUGUCGUGUUGCUUUUAAGUAUGAUGUUCUUGUGAACAGAGAAUGGAAUAGAAAGUGAGUAUGAGAAAUUAAUUUGUGCUAUUCUAUCAACGGCUUGAUAAUUUCUGUAAAUAACAUUAAAUCCCAAGUGCGCUUUAAAAUUCCAGGAAACAAGUCUACUGAGAAGAAAAAUAUGUAACGACAUCAUGAUGUAACGACGCGAAGUGGGCGAACGAAACACGUGCGAAUUUCGCAUGGUUCCUUAUUCAUCGGUGCGUUAUUCUUACCUGGUAGUAUUCAUCGUGGCAAUUAGCAUGCGAUGGUGGAGUGUGUUGCGAGUUGUGCGCGAUUACGGCACCUAUCUAAAGCGGAGGAUGUCACGGACAUGCCGCAUUGGGGUAAAUUCGUGUCGUCGGAACCAUCUCGUAACGCUUUAGGGACCCACUGGGGAUUACCACCACUUCUUUCAACACGUCGGUCCUCGCGCGGUACUCUCUCUUUCUCGACCCUUUCCAACCCCUGUCUUCGUUUUCUGUACACGUCACCAAGCUCGCGAGAGAGAGUUACCCCUUCUUUCCCCUUUCUUCAUCCCUCUGUAUCGAGUUAAGAGGAAGAAACGGCGGGGUGGCGGCGAGGUAUAUUGGGAUGUACCUCCGGUGGUACUUGCUGGUCCACCACCUCCAUCGCUACCACCACCGCGCUACCAUCGAGCAUCCACCUCCACCUCUGCCUCUCUACGAAGCAACGAUGAGGAUUCUGCAGCUUCGGCAAAGUCGUUUGAAGAAGUCAGUCGACGGUUGUACGUUCUCGCGAUUCGGGGAAUAGCGUUCAGGGGGAAGAGAGAAGAAAGAAGCAAAGGAAUCGUAGUCACUGUCACCAACUGAGAGCCGCCUUGUCUUCUAGCCAGGAGCUGCCGCAAACAACGUUCUUUUCUCCUUUCUCUUCCGUCUCGCCUUCCCUGCAUCUUGCCUUCGUCUGUCGUCUUCCCUGUCCGGAACGCUUUUUCGUUGUUCUCCGCUUCGCUGUUGGUUCAUUCCGCUUCUACCACGAGGAAGAUGCGCUGAGAGCUGAUCGACGAAGAAUGUCGAUGGACGAGACGAAUGGAGGCAGCAUGGUUCCCGCAAUCCUUUCCUCGAUCGUGCUUCUUCUUCUGCUCGGACGCACCGCAGACGCUCAGAGGAGUUUGGAGUUCUUCGAUCUGCUGCCGGAAGAUCCUAAACUGUACGAUAAAAUGCGACCGCCAAAGAAAGAUGGACAGGCGACUAUCGUUUAUUUCCAUGUUACUGUUAUGGGUCUUGAUUCCAUAGAUGAAAAUUCAAUGACCUACGCAGCUGAUAUAUUCUUCGCUCAAACUUGGAAAGAUAACAGAUUACGGUUGCCAGAAAAUAUGACAUCUGAAUACAGAUUGCUGGAAGUCGAUUGGUUGAAGAAUAUGUGGCGGCCGGAUUCGUUCUUCAAGAAUGCCAAAUCGGUGACUUUUCAAACGAUGACUAUACCGAAUCAUUACUUAUGGUUGUACAAAGACAAGACUAUUUUAUACAUGGUCAAAUUAACGCUGAAGUUAUCCUGUGCCAUGAACUUCCUGAUCUAUCCUCACGACACGCAAGAGUGUAAAUUACAAAUGGAAAGCUUAUCGCACACGACGGAUGAAAUGAUCUUCCAAUGGGAUCCUGACGUGCCACUCGUCGUCGAUGAAAACAUUGAGCUGCCACAGCUGCAACUGGUUAAGAAUUACACGGCCGACUGCACGCAAGUCUACUCUACUGGUAACUUCACUUGCCUCGAGGUAGUGUUCGUUUUGAAACGUAGACUUGGCUAUUACUUGUUUCAUACUUACGUUCCUACCUGUCUAAUCGUUAUCAUGUCGUGGGUUUCCUUUUGGAUAAAACCGGAAGCGGCACCAGCCAGGGUAACGCUGGGUGUAACUUCCUUGCUGACCCUUUCGACGCAACACGCGAAGAGUCAAGCUUCUUUGCCUCCCGUUUCGUACCUAAAGGCCGUGGAUGCGUUCAUGUCGGUUUGCACGGUCUUCGUGUUCAUGGCGUUGAUGGAGUAUUGUUUGGUCAACAUCGUUCUCGGCGACUCAGAUACGCCUCCGAAACCGGCACCUCCGCCUCAGCCGCCAUCUUCCAGCGGCACCGAUGCCGCAAAGCUCGAUAAAAUUUUCGACAUCGCUACUAAGGAGAACACAAUAUUGUUAUCCGGCCGAUCGCAGAAAUCGACAACCGGUCCACCGCCAGGCCCCACACCUGCCCAAAGGGCGCGAAUGCGUGCCCUCAACAUCGAUCGAGUCUCGCGUGUCUUCUUCCCUUUCUUAUUCGCCGUAUUAAAUGUAACUUACUGGAUAAUGUUCGCCGAGUACAUUUAAGCUAUCGUGGAAACCGAUUGCAACGAGCUCGAACAAAUAGAAACGGAAACGUCGAUGUUGAAAAACGAGAUAUCAGACGAAAAGGAAGAGACGAUGCUGGAAGAAGAUGCGGAAACGAGUCCUGAUCGUAGCUGUAUUCUUCAAGGAUACGGUCGAAUAGAAUGUUUUGAUUGAGAAAGUGUUACAUAUUGAAAGUCGAUUCUGAAAGUGAAUCUUCAUUGAUAGGCUUGUUUUUGUUCAGGUUGUUGCCCUAAUUGAUAGAACAGUGCUAGAGAUCGAGGGUUUCAAGUUGCAUAGAGUAGAUGGAAGAAUCUUGGUACAAUGAAGAAGAACGUGUAGAAGCAAUAAAUAAAAGCGUUCUCUUCUUAUAAAAAAGGAACGUUGCUCAAAGUAUUUUGAAAAGUCUAAAAAUCGCAAAAAUUAUUGAGGUCUUGUAUAUAUAAUUUUAUAGAGUUUAUGUUUGAAUGGAAGUAAAAAGUAUCAAACUUAACUCUUUCUUUGUGAAUAAAAAUUGACUUUCUUCUCCAUUGCACCGUUAUUUUCAACCCACUCUACUUAAUGAAUACACGUGAUAUAUACUUCGUAUAAUAAAAUCCAUUGAUUACAAAUAUAAACUGUACGUUCAUUUAUCGAAUCGUAACUCAAAGGAAAAUGAGAACAAAAUAACGGCAGAAAAGUGGUACGAGAAAAUAAGCGAUCGUUAAUUGUAUUCUUUUAAAGGCAUCGAUUAAUACGCUGUUUUAUCCUUUUCAUUACGAGCGAACGAAAGGAGAAAAAAAAGAGAAAAAAGAUACGUGAAACAGUAGUUAACGGUGAUCGAUGCGUCUGAGUGAAUAUUAAAACUGUAUCGAAGAAUUUGCAUAUACAUUCGUUCAUGAUAAGUGGAAUAUGGAACUGUUUGAAUGCACCGUUUGACCUGUUCAAUAAUUUCACAAUCGUUUCACGUUAGAUUACAAAAAGUGAAAUAUUGAGAAUGCAUAUUAAAAUAUUCGAGAAUCUACUAUUAAAUUGUUUUAAAUUUAUAACUAUACUAUUGUUAAAAGAUAAUACGUGUUUUGUUGUAAGAACUUACUCAUUGGUGAUAAAUGUCGCUGAAUUAAUUGUUAAUAAUUCAUAACUGUACAAUUAUUAACGUAAACCUAAUUAAACUAAUUAGUAAAUUAACAGUGGACAGGUAUUGUAACAAGAUCGUUACAUUCUGCUCGCUGUCUUUCCGUUUAUUAACAAUGAUUAUCAAAUACGAGAAGGUAUUACACAAGAUUAUUCUCAUAUCUUUACAGCUAAAACGUUUCUGUAAUGAAUAUCCUUGUUCCGAGAAAGCUUGAUCAUCUUGUUGUAAUUUUUGAAAUUUUUGCUUCCGAAAUUAUUUGUAACAUGUUUAUCGCGUACGUCACAGUGCUACGAUAUCAAAGUAAUUACAAAAUAUGGAAUUUCAGUGAAACACAUGUCGUUCCAGAAACUUCGAUGAAAAAAUAUCAAAAUUGUUAUAGAAUAAAAUUCUAAACUCUAAAUCUUUCUUGGCGAAAUUUUAUCGCGACGGCACGAAUGAAUAAAAAAUGUAGACUAUAUAUAGUCUACAUUUAUAGAUACAUAUCUAUAUACAUAAAUAAUCUAGAUAUACUAUAUAUAUAUUUAUAUUUAUAUAUAAUAUAAUUAUAAAUUA